AUGGAGACACGUCUGUUACUUCUGCUGGUGCUGUCCCCUACUGCGCUUGGGUUGAUGGUGGCGCGGUGUCCUGAGGGCUGGAAGGCACGCGGCAACACAGACGAAUGCUACAAGGUCCACUCUUAUGGCAGUGAUCGUACCUUUGACGACGCUAGGAUCUACUGUCAGGCACGCGGCGGGGACCUGGCCUACAUUAUCUCAGAGGGGCAGAGAGACUGGCUGGGGCAGCUCGUGGCGGCCACCGGGAACGUGGGCCAGAACGCCUACAUGUGGGUGGGAGCCAGGAACGUCGGCGGGUCCUGGAAGUGGAUAGAGAAUGAUGAACCUUUGGACAACAUGGUGGUGCAGUGGGAGGGGACUGGUGAAGGCGACUGUGCUGCCCUCACCCUCAACUCCAAGCUGAUCAAGCAAGACUGCGGCCAGCGACUCAAGUUCAUCUGCCAUAGAAAUAUACAAAUUCCAAUGGCUUGCGAUCACACUAUUGGCUGGGAGGAUGCUGAUAACAAGUGCUACAAGAAAUCCACCUCGCCCAACUCGUGGCAUGACGCGGAAAUCGAGUGUAGCAUAGAGGGCGGCCACCUGGUGUCCAUAGGCAGCGACUCUGAGCAACAGCUGGCCCACGAUCUGGCUCUGGAAGAACGGGACAAGGUCUGGAUUGGAUACACAGAGGAGGUGAGUGACCGAGAUCCUUAUUCAGAAACGCUUUGCUCUCUCACCAUGACUAUUUUCAAAGGCCACAGAGAUGAUCAGCUGGGUUCUCAAGAGUGCUUCUCUUGUUAA